AUGAUACUGAGAGGUGAAUUGGUAGACUGCCUCAUAACAAAGGUGUACGUGAAGCCUCGGGAGGUUAAUCCUCAAAAAUUCGAAGAUAAUCAAGUGAAGGUCAUCCAUGCAAUACAUGGAAGAUCGGAGGAUGAUCAAGAGUCAGAGGAGGUAUAUAGGUCCCGAUUGAGAACAGCCCAUAAGCUAAGGAGGUUAUCCUCGGUAAACGCUAUCGCUUCGGGAAGCGUCAACAUUGGGUUCUGCGAUAGAGAUCUAUCCAGAGUUCAACUCCCCCACAAAGAUCCGUUGGUCAUCAAUCUCUUGGUGGCGAAUUGCAUGAUUAAAAGGGUUUUGAUAGACUCGGGUAGCAGUGCCAACAUCAUCACAAAGGCGGUCUUUAAGCAGCUAGAGAUUCCGUCAUCAUCAAUUCGGCCCACCUCCAGCCCCUUGAUGGGGUUUGAUGGCACAAAGGUGGACCCCAUUGGGGUAAUUGACAUAUCCGUGACCACGGCAAAGAGGACACUGAAGGAUAACUUUGUCUUAACGGAGAUCCACCCUUCCUAUAAUCUCAUUAUGGAAAGAGGCUGGAUCCACCGAAUGAACGGGGUUCCAUCUACCCUUCAUCAAGUGAUGCGAUACUUGUUUCCGGACGGUAAAGAGGUUAUUGACCUUAGGGGAGAUCAAGUAGUUGCCAAAGAAUGCUACAUUUUGACACAGAAUGAGGCAAAGAAGAAUUCUUUGCCCAGGUAUUUGAAAGCAGAGGAUGAGGCCGAAGCUGAAAAGCCUACCGAGGAGUCUCUGGAGGCUGUCGAAGUAAUCCUCGGCGAUCCUCAGAAAGUCACCUACAUAGGUUCUUCCCCCACAGCCGAAGAAAAGAAAGCUUUAAUUGAUAUCAUUCGACGAAACGCGAAUGCAUUUGCUUGGGAGCAUUCAGACAUGGUGGGAAUCAAUCCUUUGGUCUUAUGCCAUAGCUUGAAGCUGGAUCCGGCAGGCUUCAUCCAAGAAGUGCACUACCCACAAUGGUUCUCCAACGUGGUGGUAGUUCAGAAGAAGAAUGGAAAAUGGAGGGUGUAUAUAGAUUUUACCAAUCUCAACAAAGCUUGCCCUAAAGACAGUUUUCCAUUACCCAAAAUUGAUCAGAUGGUUGAUGCCACUACUGGUUUUGAGAGGCUCACGUUUGUUGAUGCAUACUCCGGCUAUAACCAAAUCCCUAUGAAUCAAGAGGAUGAAGAGAAGACUGUUUUCAUAACAAAGAAAGGCACCUACUGUUACAGAGUCAUGCCCUUCGGACUCAAGAAUGCUGGGGCAACUUACUAG